AUGUGCCGCAAAAAGAGUCCAUGUGAAAUCAACAGUUGCCAGAGAAAUCACCACCGAUUGUUGCACAAUCAUCAACAGAGAUUGUCAACUGAAGCUCCAGUUUUCCAACCACCGAAUCCACAAAGCCACACAGCUGUAGCAAAUGGAUUCUGCACAAAUGGAAGUACUGUAAGCAGGAACAUUACCAGGCUCAGAAUCUUACCGGUAAGUCUCAAAAACAAUUCAGUGGUAGUAAACACUUUUGCCUUACUAGAUCCGGGCGCUACACUGACCUUGAUAAGUGAAGCAGUUGCAAAUAAACUGCAAAUGGACGGCAAACUUGCACCUCUAUCAAUCCAGUGGGCUAAUGGUGAUGUUGCAAAUGAAGAUGAAUCCAAAGCCGGUUCAGUUCACAUCUCUGGGAUAUUCCUGAAUGGACGAACAUAUGCUCUUAAUGACGUCAGAACCGUGAAACACUUACCAUUACAACGCCAAUCGGUUGAUAGAGAACGGCUUAUCGAAAAGUGGCCAUACCUGAAAGAAAUAAACUUCGAGAGCUAUGACAAUGUACAACCAACAAUUUUAAUCGGUGAGAAUAAUGGAUUACUGACUGCCACCCGACAAUUAAUCCAUAAUAAGAGCAACAAUCCCAUCGCUAGUAGAACUUGGCUAGGAUGGACGAUUAGUGGAAAUGAUGGCAGCGAUAAAGCAAGCGAAGUCAACCUUGUUUACAUGAUGCAAGAGACCCACGACGACGACCUACAUGCAUUGGUAAAAUCUUCAUUCCAACUUGACGAUAGUUUAACUAUUGGUUGUGACCGUAAACGAUCUCGAGAAGAUGAAAGAGCCUUAAACAUCAUGAAGACGACGACGACAAAAUUAGAGGACUACAGGUGGCAGACCGGACUGUUAUGGAAACGUGACGAUACCAGACUCCCGGACAGCAAGUUUGCAGCUCGCCAAAGAUUAUAUCUAUUGGAGAAGAAACUCGACAAAGAUCCUGUGUUAAGAAAGGCAUACGGUGACAUCAUAGACGACUAUCUGCAAAAGAAAUAUCUUGUUAAUGCUGAAGAUAAAGACCUGAUUGGAAGUAAAACCUGGUAUUUGCCACACUUUCCAGUAAUCAAUCCAAUGAAGCCACACAAGAUAAGGAUUGUGUUCGAUGCAGCAGCGAGAUCAAAUGGAAUUGCACUUAAUGAUGAACUCAUCCAAGGACCUGACCUGCUACAAUCUCUACCAGGUGUUUUGUUCAAGUUUCGCCAAGGACAAUUUGGAUUCACGGCAGACAUUAAAGAAAUGUUUCAUAGAGUGAGAAUACGAGACGAAGACAACAACAGCCAAUUAAUUCUAUGGCGAGGUGAAAAUCGAACCGACAAUCCACGGAUCCUGAAGAUGACAGCAAUGAUGUUUGGGGCAACAUGUUCUCCAAGCUCAGCUAUUUACGUGAAAGACCUAAAUGCAGAUGAAUAUUUGGAUACUUAUCCCGAAGCCGUAUACGCCAUCAAAAAUAAUCACUAUAUGGAUGAUUAUUGGGGACACGCAGACGACGAGGCAGCAGCUACAGCUUUAAUUGAAGACAUCAAAUCGCAACAUGACAGAAAAUUUAAAAAAUCUGAGGCAAAACGAUUAAAGCAGUUUGUAGCAAAUCGCCUGAGUGAAAUUUCCGACCUGACGAAUAUAACCGACUGGAAUUGGCUGCCGACAAAUUUUAAUGUUACCGACGACGCAACUCGAAUGACACCAAAAGAGUUUGAAGCUGAUAGUAGAUGGUACACAGGACCUUCCUUUUUGUAUGAAGACGUUUCUAUUUGGCCCAAAAUGAAGACAAAUAAAAUGACCAGAUCUAACGAGGAAGAUGAGACGAAUGAGUUUGUUGGAACAAUUUCGGUACCAGCUAGAUUCGUUUUACCAGAUGUGAUGAGAUUUUCAAAUUGGUCUCGACUGAUAAGAGCUACUGCUUGGAUCAUGCGAUACAAGGAAAAUCUCAAAAUAAAAGGCCGAAUUACCCGAGGUGAUGAAGAUGCGGUGUACUACCAAGGUGAACUGACGACUACUGAAAUUGAAUGGGCGAAUAAACUGUGGAUAAGACAAUCUCAACAAAAUUCUUUCCACAAAGAAAUUGUUGAAUUAAGGAAGAAUAAAGUUGUUAGCCGUUCAAGCAAAUUAUAUAACAUCAUUCCACAAUUAGACGACGAGGGCAUCAUUCGACUCAGAGGGCGCAUGUCGAAUAUAGAAGGUGAUCAAUGGCUGAAGACACCAGUGGUUCUCGACGGAAGAGAUAAGUAUACCGAGUUGCUUAUUAAGUACUACCACGACCAAGCCAAUCACAUUGGUCAUGAAGGCGUUAUGAAUGAGAUCAAACAGAGGUACUGGAUAUUGAAACUUAAACCAAAACUGCGACAGAGAAGAAAAUUAUGCAAUACUUGCAAGAUUAGAUGCGCAAAGCCCGAGAACACUAUUAUGGGACAAUUACCUGCGGUAAGACUUUUGUCAAAUAAUCCAGCAUUUACAUUUACAGGUGUCGACUAUUUUGGGCCGAUAAAUGUAAAAGUUGGCAGACACCUUGAGAAACGCUACGGUGUAUUGUUUACAUGCCUUACAGUAAGGGCAAUUCAUAUAGAGGUUGCAUCCAGUUUGACCACCGACUCCUGCAUCAUGGCGCUUAGGAGAUUUAUUGCCAGACGUGGAUGCCCAAAUGAAUUAUUCUCGGAUAAUGGCACGAACUUGAAAGGAGCUGACACGGAACUCAAGAGAUGUCUAAAGGAGCUUGACCAGUCUGCAAUAAGAGGUGCACUUACUAAGCAUCGUAUCAAAUGGCGUUUCAUUCCUCCAGCAGCACCCCAUAUGGGAGGAUGCUGGGAGAGACUUGUGAGAUCCGUCAAGACAUCAUUAUACGCAAUUCUAAAAGAAGUAAAUACAUCGGAUGAGACGCUGAACACCUUACUUGCUGAGAUCGAACAGAUAAUUAACUCGAGGCCUCUAGUUGAAGUUCCAUAUCACCCAGACGAACCUGAAGCACUUACGCCAAACCAUUUUUUGAUUGGCAGAUCAUCGGCUUCCGCCCCAAUAAGUGAUUUUGACGACAAGGAUCUUAUCUUACGAAAGCGAUGGAGAAUGAGACAGCGGCUGGCUGAUCAUUUUUGGAACCGAUGGAGGAAAGAGUUUUUGCCAAAUCUAAAUCAGCAGAACAAAUGGAAGACGCAAAGUGGUCGAGAUGUACAAGUAGGAGAUGUCGUUCUUCUUUUUAACGACAAUGAAGUCAGAGGAAAUUGGCCAAAAGGUAUCAUCGACAAAGUUUUUCCCGGACCAGAUGGAAAAAUUCGAGUGGUAGAAGUUAGAACUUCAAGUGGAACCUUUAAGCGCUCAAUUGUCAAGGUAUGUGUCCUCGAUUUGGAAGAUGGUAAAAGUGACGAGGUCCCAAUACCAGAGGGGAGAAUGUUAAGUAAAUCUCAGACUUGA